AUGAAUAAGUUUUAUAUUCAAAUUGUUUUAUUUCUUUUAAGCAUCUCCAUAUAUGUGAAUAAUAAAACCUUUGCAGCUGAGCCUGCUCCAGGAAUUUCUACGGCACCCGAAUCGACACUCGAAUCAGAAUCUGAGGCAACACUCGAAUCAAAAUCUGAGGCAACACUUGAAUCAACAUCUGAGGCAACACUUGAAUCAACAUCUGAGGCAACACUUGAAUCAACAUCUGAGGCAACACUUGAAUCAACAUCUGAGGCAACACUCGAAUCAGAAUCUGAGGCAACACUAGAACCAACAUAUGAUGCAACACUCGAAUCAGCAUUUGGUCUACUACCAGAUCAUUGUUCUACUCCAGAAGAAAUAUAUGAAAAAAACAAGCACUUAUUAUGUACCGAUCCAGAAGAAGCUAUAAAAGCAGGUGAAGUUAUGAACGAAGCUGUGGAACUUUUAAAAUAUCAUGCUAUAACUGAAGAUGAUUAUGAAGUUUAUGAAAGAGAUGAUAACCGUAUUAUGUUUUUAUAUAAUAAAAAACAUCACACCGAUCCAGAUAUUAAAAGGAUUCAUUGUACAAUUUAUACCUCCUAUGAGUAUAAUGAAAUAAUAAACAUGCCAUGGGAUCCCGAUUAUGCAAGUUUGUUCAAUGCUGGUUCCGUUAAAAUUGUCCGUGUGUACAAUCCAAAUUUAGUAAUGGUACAACACCGUUACAAAGAUAGAUCUACGGACCGUCAGAAAUAUUUUUAUGCUUUAGCUGCAAAAGUUAAAAUAUCAGAAAAUAUAAAUAUAGUUGUCAAGGUUUCAGCAGAUAUAAAUGAUCACAACCCUUCCAAUGAAAAAUAUAUAAACAAAAUUGUAAAAAGCGCAAAUUCGUUCAAAACUGACAUUGAUUCUGAAGAUGAUAUUAGAAAAGGAGAAUUAAAAAAAACAUUUGCUAAUAUAUUUGGAUAUCUCAUUGAAAAAGACGGCGAUUAUGUUAAUAUCGCCUAUGUCGAAUCUGUUGAUGACCAUGAUUCCAUUUAA